AUACUACCUCCAAUUCUCGGACGAAUCCAAACCCAAACCCGCAAGAUCUCCACCGUCAGAUCAAUCCGAUUGUCCUCAUCACCGUCGUCGCCAAAUCCGAUGGACGAGCGUCAUCCUCCGAAACGGGUCGUCGUCUGCGGCGGCGGAGUAAUCGGCGUCUGCGCGGCCUACUUCCUCUCCAAGAAGGGCGCCGCCGUCACGCUCGUCGAGAAAUCUUCCGUCGCCUGCGCCGCGUCCGGAAAAGCCGGCGGAUUCCUCGCCCUCGACUGGUGCGAUGGUAGGCCCCUCUCCUCCCUCGCCCGCGCCAGCUUCAAUCUCCACCGUUCGCUGGCGGAAGAUCUCGACGGCGCGCGAUCGUACGGCUACAGACCCCUCACUACUCUCAGCCUCACCGUCACCGAGUCCAAUAACCCUCCCUCCGGUUCCCGACCCUCCGGUAGCUCCAAUCUGCCGUCGUGGGUCGAUGGCCCAGCUCGGAGCCCGAGGCCCAUCGGGACAGUAGAAACGACGGCCCAAGUCCAUCCCCAGCUGUUCACGAGAACUCUGAUUUCGAAGGCGGUGGAGAGUUACGGCGUUGAGGUGGUGAUUGGGAAACUGGAGCGAGUUGACGUGAGUGAGGAAGGCCGAGUUGACUCGGUGGUGUGAGGCGGGCGAGUGAUAGAGUCGGACGGCGUCGUUUUAGCGUUGGGGCCGUGGUCUGGAAAGUUCGAGAUGUUGUCGACGAUGUUCAGAGUGUACGGUCUGAAAGCUCAUAGUAUUGUGUUGGAGCCUAAAGAACCAGAGGCGAUUACACCUCACGCGCUUUUCCUCAGUUACUAUCUCUCUCAUGGAGGAAAACCCAUGGACCCAGAAGUUUAUCCUCGUCCCACAGGUACUUUUUG